UAGCUUUGCUUCAGACAAAUGGACACAAAUUUGGAGUCUCUCAUAGAUUCAAAAUCUGAUGAAGAGAUUGAGACUUUGCUCACAAUUAGGUUAAACAGUGAGUAUAAUCCCCUUCGCAAAGUUAAACCUCGACCCCAAAGGGUAUCUAAAUUAAAAGGUCAUGAGUGGGUGGUUGAAGUGUUAAAUGGUCAUCCAAACACAUGUUACGAUUUAUUUCGUAUGGAUAAGCAUGUUUUCAGGAGUUUGUGUGAGGAGCUUAAAAGAACAGCAACAAAAGACUCAAAAUAUUUAUCUGUACAAGAGCAACUAGCCAUAUUUUUAUUAAUUAUUAGUCACAAUGGGCGACAAAGAUAUGCUGCAGAUCGAUUUCAACAUUCCACGGACACGAUUUCUAAGUACUUUAGAAAGAUUCUAUUCGUUAUUUGUUCUAUUUCUAAGCACAUAAUCACCCCUCCUUCAUUUGAUGACACGCCUCCGGAGAUAAAGAACAACCCUAAGUAUUAUCCAUUCUUCAAGAAGUGUGUAGGGGCUAUUGAUGGCACUCAUAUUUCUGCGCGCAUUCCAGUUCGUGAACAAAUUCCUUAUCGUGGAAGAAAGUUUGAUACUACUCAAAACAUAAUGUCUGUUUGUUCAUUUGAUAUGAGAUUUACAUUCAUAAUGACUGGUUGGGAAGGUACAACAAAUGACUCUAGAAUUUUUUUGGAGACUGUUAGUAAUCCAGCAAAUCAUUUUCCUAUGCCUCCACUAGGGAAAUAUUAAGUUGUUGAUUCUGGCUAUACUAACAUGCCUGAUUUCCUUAGUUCAUACCGUGGAGAACGGUAUCAUUUGCGUGAUUAUAGAGAAGGUCCAAAUCCACGAGGCCCUGAAGAGAUGUUUAAUUAUAUGCAUUCCUCAUUACGUAAUGUCAUUGAACAUUGCUUUGGAGUUCUGAAAGCUAGAUUUCCUAUCCUCAGAGAUAUGCCUGCUUAUUCAAUUAAGCGUCAAAAAUAUAUAUGUCUUGCUUGCUAUGUGAUUCAUAAUUUUAUAAGAAUGCAGGGAUGUAUGGAUGAAUUAUUUGUUGAAUAUGCAAAUGAAAUAGUAGAACUUGAAGAUGAGGAGACAAACAAUGGAGUUGAAUCUAGCGGUUCGCAUGAAGCUAUUAAUAUUGCUCCAAGUCAA